UCCGCAGUGCUCUGCUAUUUACCAGGUGUGCAAUCUAUUUGGGUCUUCCAAAAAAUGGCCAGGAGAUCCUAGAGGCACGGCCCCGGACUGAAGCCCCCUUGAGCCUAUCUUUUGAAACCGUCCUCAUGGAAUUGGUCGAGCUACGCACAACAUCUUUGGCCGAGGCAAUGUUUGACAAACUUGGGCUCCCAAAACCAGUUUAUCAUGUGUGUCCGCUUGAGCAAGGCGGAUUUAGGUCACAGAUUGAAUUUCACCAUACAAGAGAGCGUUAUGAUGCUUUGAAAAGCCGGACUAAAUUAAUGAGCCAUACAUGUGUAAGUGGGGAAGCAGCAAUGGAUCAGGCAACCGAUCAAGCAAUUACAUACAUGGAAAACAAUGAAAACAAGGUUCUUGCUGAUUAUAACUACUAUCGGCUGCAACAAGAAAAACAAUCUUGUGCAAGGCUUUCAGAUAAGUUGUUAGAGAGAACAGAAGAAAUCAACCAGCGCAACCAGACCAUCAAACAGAUGACUAAAGAGGCAUCCAAUUAUCUGGAACAACUGCAUGCUGCAUCAGACAAGAUCCAUGGUCUUGCUGCCACUGCCUUAGACCCUACUGCCAGCCUGUCUCUUUCCACUCUAAAACAAACUAUUUUGGCGAUUCAAGAUUCACUUGUUGCUCUUCAAAGCAUUACCGCCGCUGCACGUGCCUCCCUAGAGGAAAAGGGCAUGUACUCAGAGGAUGAUGUGGCUCAACCAACCUAUGAUGGGCUUCCUGAUGAAGAAACCGAUGAAGAUUACCAUCAAGACAUGGAUGAUGACUACGCUCACUAUGUGCGAUCCCCAUGAGCACUGUCUAAGGCCUGCUAACUGAUCAGCAAGUGAAGCUUUCUAUAUAUAGCUUCGUGAUGACAAUGCUCACUAUGUCCGAUCCCCAUAAAUGUCAUAUUGAGCCUGCUAAACUGUCUCUUUGCCAUGUCAAGCUGUGUAUGUAUGGCUUCACCGCUAGGAAGCAGCUCUGUGUCUGCUGUGUUUAGUUUCCUAGGUUGCUUAAAUAAGAUGCGAAACUAUCUACUCAUAGCUUUGGCCUAGAAAUCUUUAUCCUUUCUGAACUUGACUCUGGUCAUGUAUAAGUAUGAAGUCUGUGUUGAAGUGUUAAGACAAUGUUAUUUAUCUAUGCUACGCCUUUGCUUUUAUCCACUGUGAUUCUUCUUUUCAGUAUCUUCGCUAUAAACAUACAUUCAUUUGCUUUAACCUUCCAAGACCAAAUCAAUCAACAUUUGCUAGCAUAAUAUACAGAUAACUAUUUGCCCUUUUUACUCAAUUCUCCUUGUUCAU